AUGUGGCGGCAGCUAUAUGACAAUGGCGGCAGCCCAAAACGAGGCACUAGUCUUUCUCGUCGAGAGUGGUGGAACACCAAUCUGCUGCAACUCUCGGUGGGUGGGUUGCUGUCGACUUGGGUGCCGGAACAUGCCCAUGCAGCGCCCAUUACUACCCCCUACUUGAUGGAAGAAUAUUUUCAGCCUCCGAAUACGGCAGCCGAUCAAGGUCGCUUUUACUUUCCCACCUUGACACCUCCCUUUGCCAAACGGGCUACCUACCAAUACACAUUGGGCCGAAAUGCAUGGGCAUUGGAACAGCUAUUGACAUUUGCCAAUGUGUCCGCGACCAUUCGUUGCAACGUGGUGCAAUUGGAAUCCACCGGGGGAUUGUGGGUGCAUAGUCCCCAUUGGCCCACGGGAGAGUUUUGUUACCUACUCGAUCAGCUGCAGGGUGAUGUGGAGCAUAUUGUCUUGCCGUGCAAUGCGCUGGAACACAAGGCUCCCAUGAAAGCCUUUAUCCAGAAAUAUCCAAAGGCUCAAGUCUGGAUCAGCCCUGGCCAGCGACAACAUGGCCCAACCACCAAGCUGGGCCAGGAAUUCGACAUGGCCACUUUGUAUGUGGAUAUCCCGGAAAAUGCUGGACCGGUAUCGGAAGUGGCAUUUUGUCACAAACCAACCAAAACGUUGGUGGCCACGGACGCGGUCGUGUACAUUCCCACCGAGGCCCCCAACAUUUUCACAACCUACUUUGACACGGAUACUGUACGAGACGAUCCAACCUUUUGGCCCAAGACGGUACUGCAGGCCGUCUUUUUGCCAUUGCGAACAAACGACGACAACAAUUAUCCUGGCUUUGGCGCAAUUGAAAAUCGAUUGGUCCGAGCUCCCAUUUUGCGGGCAUUUGCAGAUGCCCGAGCCCCCAAUGCGGUGAAGGAUUGGGUGGCCAAGAUUGCGACUCAAUUUGACUUUGAUCGAAUCAUUACAAGUCACUUUGCCUCGCCCAUUGCUGCCACGCCGCAAGAUUUUGCCAGUUGCUUUUCGUAUCUGACACCCAUCACGGGCAACAGCAACAGCAACGACAAGCUCCCACCCAUUGCCUGUCAAGAUUGGGAACUACUCGAAGGGUUGAAUCAGGUCAUUGCCGAAAACAAGCUUGGCGCUCCAGCUACUUUUGACUACAAGAAAGAUUGCCAAUAGCAAAAAACGGCAAUAAAGAAAGAGGUCUUUACUCGCCGCUAGGUCGCUCCUCGGCGUGGCUAAUUCUAUCACCUAGGACGCCGAGCCUCUUGCAAAUCCUUCUGCCCACACCUAUAGGCACAAAGCUUCCAGUGCCGACCUAAACGUUUAGUCCAACUCGAACAGUGACUUCCUUGUAAAGACCAGUCAGACGAAUCUAUGGUCACAGUGCAUUAAUAACUUCUGGUAUCAAGUGUCACGGCCAAAUGAAAUUAAGGAUCUCAAAGUAGUUGCAUGUUGGAGUGCAGGUCAACGGCAGCAAACACAGCAGUCGUGCUGGGCUGGGUAAACCAAAAUGGUCCAGUGGCCUCUGCCGCAUACUGUCAUGGCCAUCAAUAAUUGAACAAGAAC